CUUUCUAACUACCGUAUCUGUAUCACCGUGUAUCAGCAUCAGCGACAUAAUGCUUUCAACUCUUCCUUCUUGUAUCCAGCUGUCAAUUCAUAUCAAGUGAAUUCAAGAAAAUGUGUUUCUUUUCAUUUCACGACCCUUAAUAAUGAAGAUUUCUGUUCCAUAUGUGCUCAUUAUUGCGCUCUUGAUCAAAUGUUGCUGUUGUGAAUCUGAGCAGUACCGCGGAAACUCAAUAGGAAAAUUAAAUUCCUAUCAUCAUCAAGUAUCUGGGGACGUGUUUGCUAUCAAUGAGACUUCCCUUCUAAUUGCAAACUUUAAUUAUGAUGGUAAUGGCGUAGAUACUUUUUUUUGGGCUGGAACCAACAAUCGACCAGGUCCUGUAGGUUUCAUCGUUCCAAAUGAAUAUGGAAAGACUGAUGUUCUGGGGCGUUAUUUCAAUAAGGAUAUAACUAUUUCUUUAUCAGAUGGGAAGAAGCUUACGGACAUCAAAUGGUUUGCAAUAUAUGAUCUAACAAAGCAGAGCACCUUUGGCGAUGUCUACAUACCAGAUGAAUUUCUGCCACCUAAACCUCAAGAAAUCACCCAGCUCAGCUCUCGCUCUCAUGGUGUCAGCUCUGGCCCAUUGCAGCUGAUUGAUGCAAAAACUAUUCGCAUUCCGAAGUUCACGUAUAAUGGCGCAGGAACUGACACUUACUUUUGGGUUGGCGUUGGGCCUUUACCAUCAACCAAAGGACACAAAGUACCCGAUGAAUACGGAUACCUUGACCCUUUGCGAGUGUAUGUCGAAGAGACAAUCAAUGUUGAACUCCCUGGGCAGUUGACAAUAUUUGACAUUGACUGGUUUAGCAUUUUCAAUGUUGCCACAGGAGAAAAUUAUGGGUCAGCCACCAUACCCGACAAUCCAAAUGUCCCCCCAUCUCUGACCAAAACUUACGCUUACAAAUCAUCCCUGCCUAAUUGCAUACAACUUCAUAGAGAUUUCCAAGCUAGUUGGGAAAUUUUUGGACCUCAGAUAACCAUACAGCUUGCUGGGCAGAUAGGAGAAGAUGAUUAUUUAGCGUUUGGAAUGAGUGGAGCAUCAAACAAAGCACGAAUGGUUGGAGCAGAUGUAACAAUAGCUUACAUCGACGGAGCAAGAGGAGCUGCAACAGAUUACAAUAUAACAGCUGAAGCAGCGUGUGUGAAAGUACUCGGCCAGUACCGAGGUGUUUGUAGAGAUGAACUAGUUGGUGGGCAAGAUAAUAAUCAAUUGCACACGGUAGAACGAAUUGACGGUGUAACAAUAAUUACUUAUCGGCGCACACUGAUAUCAUCGGAUCCUGGAGACAAAGAGUAUAAAACAAACGGAACAAGCCACAUGAUCUGGGCAAUUGGACGUUUGGACAAGAAGAAAGAGCCUUUCUUCCAUGAUGUGUAUCCAAGAGGCUCCACUUCAAUAGAGCUUGUACCUAAAGAACCCUUUUAUAACUGCGUCCAAUUCUCAUACUCAAAUAAGGACAAAAGGGAACCUUGGGAAACCACAAGAAUCAUCGACCGCACUCUUCGAACUUACACCGCCACUCUGGGACCUGCAGGAGGGAAAAGAGGCUACAGAGGGAUUACAGGAAACCCAAGUAGCGGCCUUGCAUGGUACAUUAAUGGGGAUUUGAUCCCUGAAUUAUGGAUGCAGCGUGGUCUGACGUAUGCGUUCAUUGUGCAUGGAGGGAAUGACCCUCAUAGCCCUGAGUUCUAUAAUCCAUUAAUCAUAACUGAUGAGCCUCAUGGUGGAUUUGAUAGACUUAAAGAAGAAGAACAAAAGAAUGUCAGAGUUCUUGCUGGAAUCCAGUUCACUCUACGUGGACAGCCCAGACCCACUGCAGCGGGUGCUUUGUGUCUCAAACGUCAUAAAGGCAUUGAUCGAAGACUAGAUGACAAUUUUCCUACUUUUAAGAAAUUCAACCGCUCUCUACUUUUAGACUGUGAUAAAGGAGAUCCUGCCCUUUUGGAGGUGACUCCUAACUCUUCGUGGCCUGAUGUUGUUUACUAUAAUAGCUAUACACAUUCUAAUAUGGGCUGGAAAAUUCACAUUGUUGAUAGUUUCAACCUCCUACACUCAAGUGCAAUACACUCAUCGGCUGCGUUAGUCGCACCUAUCUGUAUUCUUUUUGUAAUCUAUCAUCACUUUAUUUUACUGUGACAAAGUUUCAUUGUUAAGUUUUUUUUAAAUUCAUUCACUUCAAGAAUACACUUUUGUACCUUUUUUAAGUCA